UCAAUUCUCUUAUCUCUUCAAUGGCUUCCACAUCUUCUUCUUGUUCUUCUUCAUUUUCUUCUUCUUCUUCAUCAUCACAUCAUCUUCAUUGUCAUGAAUCCAUACACCCCGAACUCUUACGUCGACUCGUAACACUAAUAAAUAAUCACAUUGACUCCAUAAUUUCCAACCCCAGAACCCGAAAAAUCCUACAAACAAAAUGCUCAUCAAAGCUCAAACUUUACAAACACGACUCGUACGACGAACAAUCCGUAGUCUCAAAUCUUUACUUUGGUAUGCAGAAUGUAGAGGCUGCAAUACAAUCAAAAUGUUGUAUGAUGGAACAAGUUCAAACCGCACAGAAAAUGCUUCAAGCACCCGCUUCGUUAAACGAAAACGGGAUAACGGAUGGAAUAUCGAAUGCUUAUUUAGUUUGUUGUGCUUAUUUUUAUUUGUGCAUGCUUUGGAAAGUUCAAGAAGUGGAGCUUCAGGUUGCAUUGCAUUUUCUUCAAGCAUUGGUGGUGUUGCCCGGGUUGGUCAAGACUGAGCUUGCACCCGAGCUGUAUCGAACCGUGGUCGAGUCGUGCAUUGCGCCUUUGAGACCCGAGUCGGAGAAUAAUAUUAAUAAUAAUUAUGGGUUGGAAUUUGAAAGUGUGAAAUGGGGUGCAACUAGUUAUAAGGCUUGGUUAAUGUAUCAUCAAGUUAUUUCUUAUGGCCAAUCUCCUUUGUUGAUGAAACAACCUCAUCUUCAUCAUCAUGAGAAGAAAUCUCAUGAAAUUAUUAGGAAUACAAAGGCCUGCAGUACAUCAUCUUCGAAUUCCUAUGAACAUGUGCAUAUGCGUCAUCAUGAUCAUCACAAUUUUGUAAAGGUGCAUCCUAUUGUUCAUCCUCAACAGAAUGCAAAUGAUGACAUAUUAGAAGGUUCUGUUUCAAAGAAAGUUAUAGAAAACACGAGUGUCAAGCGUCUUCAAGAUCUUCUAUUGGAAGACCAGUCAGAUUCACAAUCCUUAUUUUCAGACGCCAGUGACCUUGUACCAGAUGAUGAUUUUGAGCGGUUACUCACUGCUGCUGAAAGUUAUAAUCAGGAAUAUGCGGAUGAAUUCGAUAGAUCAUUGAGAAACUUGCGUAGAGGUGCAGCCGAACAACAACAACAACCAGAAACAGAAAAUAUAAUGUCAAAAUCUCAAGAAUUUUGGAACUGUUUGGCAGAUGAAGAAGACGUCACGUGCCAAAGCAUUCAAAUAUCUCAAAGGAGAGAUGAAGUCUCAUUUAGUGGUGAAACUAGUUACAGGAUCGAACAAGCUGAGAUCGUGGAGAAAGUGAUUUCCAAGUUAUGUUUCUCAGAAAAACUAGAAGAACACGAGGACGAUGAUUCAACAACAAUUGAAAUUACAACUGUGUAUGAGAUGCUAGCAAGCAAACCAGGACUAAAAUACUCGUUAUUGAAAGAUGUCAUUUUGGAUCAGUUACUAAUGGCUCUUUCUACUUCAAAGGAAGAAGGGGUGACGAGAGCAUCAGUUUCUAUACUUACAAGUAUUGUAUCAUCGAAUCGGUCAGUAAUAGAGGAUAUAAUGAAGAAAGGGCUAAAUCUUGGUGAUCUUGCAAAUGCUUUGAAAAGAGAUGUUUAUGAAGCAGCUGUGUUGCUUUAUCUAAUAAACCCAUCUCCAAAUGAGAUUAAAACGCUUCAAAUCAUGCCAGUAUUAAUUAAGAUUAUUUGUUCUUCAAGCUGUUACAAGAGUCGCUUGAAAUCACUUUUUGUGACACCCACUACCGCGUCACUAAUGAUUAUUCAAGUGUUGGUGACUGCUUUUGACUACUCCACAAACAACACUCACUUGGCUGAAAUCAGUUCGCCAAACGUGAUUUUGAGUCUUGUUAAUGUUCCAAGAAAUGAUAACUUAGAAGAAAUAAUAUCCUUGGCGGCUAUUCUAGUAAAAUGUAUGAGGUUUAAUGGGCAAUGUAGAUACCACAUCUCACAGUUUACCCCCGUCGCCCCAUUCAUUUCUCUCAUCCUGAGCAACCAAGAGCAUGCGAUAUGUGCAGGUCUUGAAUUCUACCAUGAACUACUAAGAAUGCCAAGAUCAUCCUCAGUAAGUCUACUACAGCAACUACGAGAAGGAGGCGGUGUCAACAUCAUAUGUAUUUUAUUGCUUGCUAUCCAACAAACACAAGACGAAUACAAGCUUUUAGCAGCUAGUUUGUUGCUUCAAUUAGAUAUUCAGGAAGAGUCGCCAGAUAACAAUUUGAACCGGGAAAUGGCAAUUCAGACCCUCUUCAAGUCACUGACAUGUGAAGAAAACUUGGAUAUACAACAAUUAGCAGGAUUUAUAGUAUCGAAUCUUGGUGGAACUUUUGCUUGGACUGGAGAGCCAUACACAAUAGCUUGGUUGGUAAAGAAGGCUGGUUUAAACUCAACACUACACAAGAAUAUUGUCAAAACCAUUGACUGGUCUGAUGAUACACUGCAGGAAAGUGGGACAGAAAACUGGUGUGCGAAGGUUGCACGGGAACUUAUAAAGCUAGGGAAUCCUGUUUUCAUUGCUUUGGAAAGGGGACUAAGGAGCAAGAACAAGAGAGUAUCGAGAGACUGCCUCACAACAAUUACUUGGAUUGGAUGUGAAAUAGUGAAGGGUCCUGAUGAUUUGAGAUGCUCAGCUUGUGACAUCUUGCUAAGUACUAUUGAGCAAUAUGUACAUCCUGGAAUGGAAUUAGAUGAAAGACUUUUAGCAUGUUUGUGCAUAUAUAACUACACUUUUGGUAGAGGCAUGCAGAAACUAACUCAGCUUUCAGAGGGUGUAAGAGAAUCACUCAGACGCCUUUCGAGUAUAACAUGGAUGGCAGAGGAAUUGUUGAAGGUUGCAGAUUAUUAUAUGCCCAAUAAAUGGCGAAUAUCUUGUGUCCACACACAAGUUUUGGAGGCAGAUUACAGUAGUAGUGGAGCUGUAAAUUCUCUCAUCUACUACAGGGGUCAUCUUUUUAGCGGCUACUCAAACGGGUCUAUUAAGGUUUGGGACAUCAAGGGGCAGACAACAACUCUUAUAUCAGAUAUAAAGGAGCACAAGAAGGCAGUAACAUGUUUUGCACUUUAUGAACCAGGGAAUUGCCUUCUGAGCGGAUCUUCAGACAAAACGAUUAGGGUUUGGCAGAUGUAUGAAAGAAAAUUGCAAUGCAUUGAAGUAAUAACAACCAAGGACGCUAUUCAAAGUCUUGAGAGUUUCGGUGAAGUAAUUUUUGUAGUUACCCACAACCAUAAAUUGAAGGUAACUAAUUAUAGUACUAAGAGUAAGAGCAAAUCUAUUUGUACCAAGAAACUGUUGACAAUAAAAAAGUAUGAUAUCAUGCAGGUAUUUGAUUCAUCAAGAAAGGUGAAGGAUGUUCUAAAGAACAAGAACGUUAAAUGCAUAAAGGCUAGCCAAGGGAAAGUUUACAUAGGCUGCAUGGACUCGAGCAUACAGGAGUUAAGUAUUGGGAACAACAAACAACAAGAAAUCAAAACAGCGUCCAAGAGUUGGAGAAUGCAAAACAAGCCAAUAAAUUCAAUAGCACUAUACAAAGACUGGCUAUAUAGCGCAAGUACAUGUAUCGAUGGGUCAAGAAUUAAGGAUUGGAGAAAACAAUGUAAGGCUCAAGUAUCAAUAGUACCCGAGAAAAGAUCAAAUGUUGUAGCAAUAAGCGUAGUUGAGGACUUUAUAUACUUAAACACCAGCUCUUCUGCAAGUAACUUAGAGAUUUGGUUGAGGGGGACACUGCAUAAAGUUGGAAGAUUAUCAGCAGGCAGCAAGAUAACAAGCAUGCUUACAGCUAAUGAUAUGAUCUUAUGUGGUACCGAAUCAGGAUUAAUAAAGGGUUGGAUCCCUCUUUAGCUGCAUUAGUUUUCGGGUUAAUUUGGAUUGCUUCACUAUGAUCGAGUAUAUAUUCUGGUGUAAAUAUGCAAGAGGAUUUCUACUGCACAUAAUGUACAUGGGUUGCAUACGACGAUGGUAAAUCUCAACACAUAUUUAUCUCCAUUUCUCAACGGCUUGUGCAAUACAAACAUGGAGAAAUGAGUCAUGAUUUUAUCAUGUUAUCGUAGUCAUCGAAGAUAUUACUAUUUCUAUCGAUAUAAGAAUUUUCAGUCUCUUAGUUCUUGUAUUUGAGUUGGCAA